UAUAACAAAAGAAUAAGGAUAUUACGAGAUAUUACAAAUAUGGAUAUUUUGAAGUUAAAGCUCUUUUUGAAACAUAUUAAUACCAGUAUAGUCGAUUCCAUAAAUAAAAUUUCUACAAAAUCAUUAAUAUAUACUCAACCGAAAGAAUUUUCAACAGGUAGUCUAUUGCGAGUUAAAGAACCAGAGGCAAAAGGUGAGAAAAAAGAAUCACUAAGAAUGAAACAAUUUCAUAAAAAAUUAAAAUUGCAACCUAUACCUAGGGUACCUCCAAAAGAACGUUUUGUGGACUUAGUACUAGUGGAAACUGAUCCAAAUAAUGGAGAACUAAUAACAAAUAGCGAAAAAGAUCCAACAAAGUGGGGGGAUUGGCAAAAUGGUGGGCGGGUGAGCGACUUUUAAUUCAAAAUUCUCAUUUCAAGAUAUAAAUAUCUAAAAUAUGGUGAAGUAACACUUGAUUCGUUUAAAUUUAUAAAAUUUAUUGUACUACUUGUAAAUCUUGUUUGUUUAUUAAAUAAUAUUGCAAGUUUCUUCUACUCUUUUAUGUACAUAUCUGUAAAAAAACUACACCAAUAUGUUGGCAGACAAAACAUCUUAAUUGAACGACAUAAAUAAACAAAAAUAAAUAUAAAAUUUAAAACAUUUGUUUCAAAUGUAAUUAUUGAAACUGUAUAAGGAGAUAAGUAAAAUAUAUUUCUUUUAAAUAACAUCCUAGUUAAUAUGA